AUGCCAACCUUCGCGUUCACGGCGCUGCGAAUACCAAAGAAGUUCAUAAAGGAGAUCGACAAGUCAAGACGGCGCUUCCUCUGGGCGGGAGACGAAGAAAUCUCGGGCGGCAAAUGCAAGCCAACCAGGCCCUGGGUUGGCACCGGGACGCCAUGCGACGCUGUUGAUCGGGCUCUUUUCGCGGCCUCCAUGGUGGUGACCAUCGGGAACGGUGCUACUGCAUCCUUCUGGUCGUGCUCCUGGCUGGGAGGGAGGCAACUUUGCUCGGCAUACCCCGACUUGUUCGCCCGAGCCAUCCGCAAGAACAGAAGCGUAAAGGAGGCCUUGACUAAUGAUCGGUGGAUCCUCGACCUUCGCAACGGCGACUACAACAACAUUGUGCAUCAAGUGGUGCAGCUGGCAAGAGAGAUCAGGCAAGCUCAAAUCAAUCUGGAACCGGAGGCCCCGGACACGAUCAAAUGGAAGUUCAACAGCUCGGGAAACUACUCGACAAGCUCGGCGUACAACGCACAAUUUGAAGGCAAUUAG